AUGUUGCAGAAAAUUCAGCGGCCGCCGUCCGGCACCACGGAUAAGGGGAGGGUGUCCCGACCGCCCUCCGCAGCCGGUUCCGCCAAGGACGUGAAGACCAGGGAGAAACCCGAGGCUGUCUCCGUGCCCAAAGUGGAGAUCAUGAAGACGGGGGCACUGGUGGUGGAUCUGGGAUCGGGCAACUGUAAGGUGGGGUUCGCCGGCGACCCGACGCCCCAAUCCCUGGUUGGUUCAGUAGUCGGUUACCCGAGGGGGAAGAGUAAACGGAACAACAUCACUGUGGGCAAAACGGUCAGCACCGAGCCAGACCUCAAGCUAGUCCAGCCAACCCGUCAAGGCGUCAUUGUAGACUGGACGGCGGCAGAAGAUCUCCUCCGCCACGUGUUUUAUGAGGAUCUGAAGGUUUCCCCCGAGGAACACGCUAUCCUGGUAUCGGAUCCUCCUCUCUGUCCCACCACAAACAGGGAGAAGAUCGCAGAGCUUUUGUUCGAACGCUUCAAUGCCCCCGCCAUGCACGUCUCCUACCAGUCGGUGCUGGCGGUGUAUUCAUACGGGAGGACCACGGGGCUGGUGGUGGACUCCGGAGACGGGGUGACCCACGCCGUCCCCGUUCACGACGGCUACAACCUGCCGGAUGCAAUCAGUCGGGUGGAUGUGGCUGGCCACGACCUCACCACUUACCUGAUGAAGCUGCUGGGGGAGGCGGGCAACGCGUUUCACGAGAAGGGCAGGUACAUCGUUGAAGACAUCAAGCAGAAAUGCUGCUAUGUCGCUGUUGAUCAGGAGAAGGAGACGCACCUGGCUGACCAGGAGUACCUAGUGGACUAUGAGCUUCCCGAUGGCCACGUCAUUACCAUUGGAAAGGAGAGAAUGAAGUGUCCAGAGGCGCUCUUCAAGCCGUCCGUCAUGGGAUCAAACCAGGAAGGAAUCCACCUCAUGACCAUCAACAGCCUGAAAAGGGUCCCGCCCCAGGUUCAGCAGCUCAUGUACGACAAUGUGCUGCUGAGUGGAGGCUCAACCAUGUUUGAGGGGUUUUACUCCCGGUUCUGCAGGGAAAUGUUCGCUCUGGUUCCCAAGGACACCAAAACCAACAUCCACGCCGUUCCAGAGAGGAAGUACGCUGUGUGGAUUGGUGGUUCUAUUCUGGCCUCUCUCCACGCCUUCCAGUCUUUGUGGGUCAGCCAGGAAGAUUAUCACGAGCGAGGUCCAUGUAUUGUGCAUCGGAGGUGUUACUGA